AUGAAAGAAAUUUCAAAUUUAGAACAAGUAACUUUAUUAAAUAGUCAAGUGCUUACAUUAAGAGAAUGUUUAAUUAGAGAAAUUGGUAAUAAUCCAUCAUAUGUUCAAUCAUAUUUGGCAUUAUUCUCAUUAAUAUAUCAUUUAAUUGAUGAUACAUUUGAAGUGGAUUGGUAUAAAUUCAAUAAAAAUGGUAAAUUAGUUAAAGAUAUUGAAUUAAAUGCAAUAUGUAAAACAGAACGUAGACCAAGAUAUUUUGAAUCAGAUUUAUUUUUAUUCGAUCCAAAUAAAUCUUUAUUAGAUAUACAACAUGAAGUAAUGACAUUUUCCAAUGACAUUAUGUUUGAUUACUUAAAUCAAACAUUUGAUCUAGGCUUAAAAAAUUAUGAAAAAAGAUUGGAUAUGGUAUUUUGUUUAAAUACGAUAAUUUCAAUGGAUCCAUUAUGCUCUUUAGCAUAUUUAAAAUUAGCAGUGGAAAUGGAUUCAAAUGAAAUUCAAUUUGGUAAAACAAAGAAACAAAUUUUAUUAUCAAUAAAUGAAAAAGAUGAAACAUUCUCUAGAGCAUACGGUGAACUAUCAACAUUAUUAUCAAUUGAAACUCAAUAUGAUAAAAUUAUUGAAAUAAUGGUUAUAGCAAUUAAAUUUGAAAGUGAUAUUGUUAUUAAAUCAAAUCAUUAUUAUAAAUUAUCACAAUAUUUAAAAGAUAAUAAUGAAAAAGUUAAACUUGAUGAUGGAUCAAUCAUGAAUAAACAACAAUUAUUAGUAGAAUCAAUUGAAUUAACUCCACUUUCAAAUAAACAUUCAUUAGCUUAUUACUCAUUAGCAAAUUUAUUAACAAAUCCAACUGAUACAAUUGAAUUAUUUGGUGAAAGCUAUACUCAAAGUAAAUUAUUUGAAUUGGCUUUAGAAAAUAAAUAUACUCUCUCACUCAAUCAACUUUUUAAAAUUAAAAUCAAUCAAAUUUUUAAGUAA